UUAGAAGACGUAAUCGGGCAGUAUAUCGGGCUGAUCGGGUACAAUGGAGUCGGUGGAGCUGCCGGAGGAUGUUUCCCUGAGGACGACGCAGUUUACUGUCGACGACCUGGACAUAGAGAUUCUGCCGCUCAUUUACGAGAUCAUUCGCAGUGUCGAGAAAGAUCCACAUGACACUACACAAAAGGCGAAAGAGUCACAAGAUACCAGCCACAAGAUCCUAGAAUUGCAAAAGAAAUUAGAUUCUGCAAGAUCGCAAAUUAAGAGAUUACCUGGAAUAGAAUAUAGUAAAGAAGAACAAUUGCAAAAACUCGAGACUUUACGCAAACAAUUGAGACUGAAGCGUGAACUUUUAUUAAAAUAUCGUAAUACAUGCACAUUUGAAAUACCAAAAGUAUAAAUGUGUUUGUUUGCAAACACAUAGAAAAGCAAUCUUAUAUCUUUCAAAAAUGCGUUUUUUAAGAG